AUGCCUCCCAGGAAGAACAACGCACAAGAGGAAGAAACAUCUUAUUCAAAAGAUACGAGAGUGGAAUAUGUGGCUAGAGAACUUACCAAAUUGAAGGUGGUGGUUGACGAACUAGUGAAUCAAUCUCUGCAGAACCAAAUGCAGAUGGAGACGAUGCAUCUAGAAACAACAGAAAACCAAUCAAAGCUAUUUAAUGUCAUGUCAAGUCUUAAGAAAAACAAUGAAGAAGAGGAAGGAGAGGAGUCGAUUGGGCCGAAGAAAUCAAGAACAAAGGGACUCAUUGAUAAUGGCAAUUUUUGGGUUGUUGGAAGAAAGCAAAAAGCAAGGGGAACAGAGACUCACAUUAGAGCAAAAGCGUGCGUUGGAGGCAAUACUACAAUACUACGGGGAUUUGAGGAUGUAUUUGAGGAACCUAAAGGAUUACCACCAAUGCGUGCUAAAGAACUUAUCAACGGAAGACCAUAUAGAGGAACUGUUUGUGGGCAUUUACCAUAG